UUCCCCUGCAAAAGGGAGAAAACGUUGCCGUGCCGAAGCACCUGCCAGCCGCUGUGAAGCACAACCCCACUUCCCAACUCGCCCAUCUCCCCCCCCGCACGGCGAGGGAAGGCUGGCGAGGCAAGGCGCCUCACAAAGCUCCCCGACCCCCUUCCAUCCCUCUCCCUCCCGUUGCUGCGAGGCCCGGAGCCCCCCGGCCCCCCAAAAACCCCCCAGCCGCCAUGUGAGGGAAGCGGGGCCGCGGCGAGCCCGCCCCCAGGGGCGGCGGGGCCUCGGCUCCGGCUGAGGGAGGGAGAGAGGGAGACAAGGAGGGAAGGAAGGAGGGGAGGAAGGAGGGCAGGCAGCCCGCAGCCCCGCCAUGGCAGCCGGCCGGGGGGCCCGGAGCCGAGCCCGCAGGGACCGUGGAUCUGCGGAGCGCUUCCCUCCGAUGUGAAUGCAGUGUCCCCUGUGGGAUGCAGUAGGUGAUGCCCAGCUCUACUGCAAUGGCAAUUGGAGCUCUCUCUAGCUCGCUCCUCGUAACCUGCUGCCUCAUGGUUGCCCUCUGUAGCUCCACCAUACCCGUGCAAAAACUGGCCAAGGCUCAAGACAAACAGGAGAUAAAAGCGAGCCAGGAAAAGAGGGAUCACACAUCGACAAGGGACAGCCAGACAGGCCCGGGGAAGAUGAAUGAGAUCGGCAGGAGCGGGAGGGAGGAGGGCACCAGGGACUGGAAGAGCAAAGGAAGCAGGACCUACUCGAACAAGGAGUCGUGGACUAAGCAAAAGCAGGCUUGGAAUAGCCAGGGCACGGGAGGUAAAUCCGGGAGUGUUCAAGUCCAAGAGCAAAGGGACGCGGCUGCCGAGGACCCUCGGGUGGCUGAAGACUCGUCUCUCCCGGCCGCUGUGGCGAGCGCUACUCCCGAGCCUCCGGAGGAGUAUGCCUACCCGGACUACCGCGGGAAGGGCUGCGUGGACGAGAGUGGCUUCGUCUACGCCAUCGGGGAGAAGUUUGCGCCGGGUCCCUCUGCCUGCCCCUGCCUUUGCACUGAAGAGGGACCGCUGUGCAUACAGCCUGAGUGCCCCAGGCUCCACCCUCGGUGCGUUCAUGUGGACACCACGCAGUGCUGCCCGCAGUGCAAGGAGAGGAAGAACUACUGUGAGUUUCGGGGGAAAACCUACCAGACCCUGGAGGAGUUCAUGGUUUCUCCGUGUGAGAAGUGUCGCUGUGAAGCCAAUGGAGAAGUGCUGUGCACUGUGUCAGCUUGUCCCCAGACCGAGUGUGUGGAUCCGGUGUAUGAGCCUGAUCAGUGCUGUCCCAUCUGCAAAAAUGAUUUCUUAAGAACUAUAAGGAAAGUGCCUCAAUAUCUGAGUGGUCUUCUUGGAUCUUAAAAUAUCUGCCCAACUUGCACCUGUCCUUCGAGAUUGUUCAGAUACAGCAUGUCCUUCACCAGUUUUGGACAAGUGCUUUGACAUCCAAAAAAACUGUGGUAUAUCUGUGUAAAUCCCUGAGAUAGUCAAUAAUUGUUCACUAAUAAUUAUUCACUAAAAAUUCACAGCAAGAAUUGCACUGUGUAUGCAGAUCUGGGCAAUUCACUGCCCAGAAAAUGUGGAAGAAUAUUCCACAAAGAUAUGUCCUGUGGUGACAUUAGCAGAAAUUUGCAUCUUCUGUAGCUUGCGUUUUAAUGUCUUGCAAGUCUGUUUGGAAAAAUGGUUGUGUGAUCCACUUCAAACGGGUCUCUUCUUUAUUUCUUGGCACAAAGACUUCCCUGCACCUGUGGGCUGGUAGUAACCAAAGUACAACAAAACUGAAGUGAUGCUAUGGCAUUCAACCUUCAUCUCAGUGACAUCUUGUGGCACCAAGUCCCCUUGUGGCAAGUAGAAGAGCGUGAGACCUAGGGAUGCUGGCUUUCAGUAAAAGCUUUUUCCACAGCAAGGACCUUCACUGUGUACUUUGCUUUGUGCGUGUCUGUUGUGAGAGCACGAUCCAGCACAGAGCUGUGAUUCAGGAAAUUACAAGCUAGCACCUUGAGAAGAUCUGCGAGUACCUGCUGUGCCUGCAGAGCAGACUUUCUGCCUUUUGCCUUCUUCUGGAAGCGACUGGACGGCUUCCAUGCUUUGAGCAAGACGGACAAAACUCAUACAGCCAAGAGCAGUCC